AAGAGGAAGAUGGCUCGUACUAAGCAAACGGCUCGAAAAUCGACUGGCGGGAAAGCGCCCCGCAAGCAGCUGGCCACUAAGGCGGCUCGGAAAAGCGCUCCUGCCACCGGUGGCGUGAAGAAACCUCACCGCUACCGCCCUGGCACGGUAGCUCUGCGGGAGAUCCGCCGGUACCAAAAGUCCACGGAGCUGCUGAUCCGGAAGCUCCCUUUCCAGCGACUGGUGCGGGAGAUCGCGCAAGACUUUAAGACCGACCUCCGUUUCCAGAGCUCGGCUGUGAUGGCUCUGCAGGAGGCCAGCGAGGCUUACCUGGUGGGGCUGUUCGAGGACACCAACCUGUGCGCGAUCCACGCCAAGAGAGUCACCAUCAUGCCCAAGGACAUCCAGCUGGCGCGCCGCAUCCGCGGAGAGCGGGCUUAA